AUGUUGGCUCAAAGAUUAGCAUUGAGGGCUCCUGAGCCAAAGGCGAAGGCCACGUCACUCAUUGACUCGUUGCCAGGUAACUCCCCAUUAACUAAGACCGGAAUCCUGGCCACCACCGCUGCCGGUGCCAUCUAUGCCAUUUCCAACGAGCUCUACGUCGUCAACGAUGAGUCCAUCCUGCUCACCACCUUCACCGGUUUUGUCUUGCUUGUGGUCAAGGUCGUUGCUCCUUUGUACAACGACUGGGCCUCUGGCACCAUCAAGAACAUCACCGACGUUUUGAACUCUUCCAGAACCAAGCACGUUGAUGCUGUCAAGGAGAGAAUUGACCAGGUCUCUGAGCUCAAGGAUGUUGUUGCUACCACCAAGGCUCUUUUUGAGAUCUCCAAGGAGACCGCUGCCCUCGAGGCCGAGGCCUUCGAGCUGAAGCAGCAGGUCGAAAUUGCCCACGAGGCCAAGUCCGUUCUUGACUCUUGGGUCAGAUACGAGUCCCAGGUUAGACAAUUGGAGCAACAGCAAUUGGCCACUUCCGUGAUUGCCAAGGUCCAAGCCGAGAUCGGAAACCCAAAGUUCCAGGAGAAGCUUUUGGCGCAAUCCGUUGAGGAGAUUGAGGCUUUGUUUGCCAAGGAGAAAUAG